AAUUAUCCGUAAACAAAAUGAUUAAUUGAAAGCUUCUUCCUCAUUGACAAUUAACUGAAUUAAGCUUCUUCACUCUCCACUCGAUAAUAUCAAUUUUAUUAUACACAAUUAGAAAGAAAAAAUUAAACAUGUCUCCACAAAUAUAAAGAAGAUUAGUUGUUUAGAAUAUUAAAUAUACCGAGAAAAUUAAUUAUAUGAGUGUGAGCGGGUACCCAUGGAACGGAUUUACCUAAACCCAAACCCAACCCAAUUCGGUGAAUAAUAAAUGAGUUUAAACCCGAACCCGACCCAAAAUCCAUCAAUGCGGUUAAAACCCGCAUUAACCGGAUUGGGUCGGGUAGAGUACUCGUGGAUUCGAGUUUUGUUGUCAUCCCUAUCCACAUAUAGGGAUGGCAACAAAACCCGAACCCACGGGUACCCACCCGACCCAACCCGGUCAACGCGGGUAAAAUCCGUGUUGACGGGUUUUGGGCCGGGUUUGGGUUUUAAUUCGUUUACUAUUCAUUGGGUUGGGUUGGGUUUGGGUUUAGGUAAGCCCGACCCAUAGGUACCCGCCCACCCUCAUAUAAUUAAUUUUCUCGGUAUAUUUAAUAUUCUAAAUAACUAAUCUUAUUUAUGUUUGUGGAGACAUGUCUAAUUUUUUCUUUCUAAUUGUGUAGAAUGAAGUUUAUCUUAUCGAGUGAAGAGUGAAGAAACUUAAUUGAAAGGAAGAAACCUUCAAUUAAGUUUCUUCAAUUGAAAGGAAGAAACCCACAGGUACCCAUAAACCUGCGGAUACCCAGUGAGUUGGGUUGGGUUUGAGUUUUUCAAACCCAGUGGGUUUUACCCCGGAUUUUUUUCACAGAUAAACCCAUGAGUUUGGGUUUGGGUUUGGCAAAACCCGACCCAACCCGACCCAUUGCCAUCCCUACCCACAUAUUCGCAAACCACCAACUACAAAAAUGAAAAACCACGCACACUCACUUUUCCGAUUUGUUUGCAGGUGGGUCGACCAAAACCACGAGCGAACCACACAUCCGAUUAUCUAAUUUUUCUUAAUUUUUUUAGAGUAAUUUGUUGUGGACACUGGACCGUAAAAAGUAAAAACGAAAUAAAUUGUUUUGAGUUAUUGGGAGGAAAAAAAAAGGGAAGAAAACAGAACGGAAAAAGGAGUGGUGAUUAUCGAACAAAAGUAAACGAGAGAGAGGAGAGGGCGCUUUGUCUCAUAAAGGCAUUAGUUUCUUCGCCACCGUUCUUUCCCUGUUUUUGAGUUUUCUCUCUCUUUCUUUCUCCACUGUCUUCCUCUCUCCUGAAGGAAAAACAAAUUUUGAAAGAGGAGAGGCUUUGAAAUCCGAAAUUAGGGUUCCAUUAUUCUUAUGCUAUUGUUAUUUUGGUCCCGGAUUGGGAAAGGAUAAAGAACAAAAGAAGAAGAUUGAAACAUUCGAUCUGGAAGGGAUCUGGAUCUGUGGUUAAAGAAGAAGAGGAGGCAGAGAUAAAAUGAGUUUGGAUUCGGUCCCUUCGAGCACUCAUGGAAGUCUCGAUGAACAGAUUAAUCAGCUUAUGCAGUGCAAGCCCUUAUCUGAGCAAGAGGUGCGGGGGCUAUGCGAGAAGGCCAAGGAAAUUCUGAUGGAAGAAAGCAACGUCCAGCCUGUCAAAAGCCCUGUUACAAUCUGUGGUGAUAUUCAUGGACAGUUCCAUGAUCUUGCGGAGCUUUUUCGCAUCGGAGGAAAGUGCCCAGACACAAAUUACUUGUUCAUGGGAGACUAUGUGGAUCGUGGGUACUACUCUGUUGAAACUGUGACACUGCUGGUGGCCUUGAAAGUGCGUUAUUCUCAAAGGAUUACCAUUCUGAGGGGAAAUCAUGAGAGUCGCCAGAUUACUCAAGUUUAUGGAUUCUAUGACGAGUGCCUGAGGAAGUAUGGGAACGCAAAUGUGUGGAAGAUCUUUACAGAUCUGUUUGACUAUUUUCCGCUGACAGCAUUGGUGGAGUCCGAGAUUUUUUGUCUUCAUGGUGGAUUGUCUCCUUCCAUUGAAACCCUCGACAAUAUCCGUAACUUUGAUCGUGUCCAAGAAGUCCCACACGAGGGUCCCAUGUGUGACCUUUUGUGGUCUGAUCCCGAUGACCGUUGUGGGUGGGGUAUUUCACCGAGAGGCGCUGGAUACACCUUUGGUCAGGACAUCUCCGAGCAGUUCAACCAUACAAACAGCUUAAAGCUGAUUGCAAGAGCUCAUCAGCUCGUCAUGGAAGGCUAUAACUGGGGUCAUGACCAAAAGGUGGUCACCAUAUUUAGUGCACCUAAUUAUUGCUACCGUUGUGGGAACAUGGCAUCUAUAUUGGAAGUUGAUGAUUGCAAGGGUCACACGUUCAUCCAGUUUGAGCCAGCUCCAAGGAGGGGAGAACCGGAUGUAACCAGGAGAACACCUGAUUACUUCCUAUAAGCUAAAACCUCCUAGCAUUGAGCUGCUGUGGAUCCUGUGGCCGGUGCCUACUACUUCCUGGGUUUUCUUGUUCUGAGAGGCAUUUUUCGUUAAACAUAAGAAGAUAGACAGACGAUCUUUCACUGUGAUUGUGUAGGGUAAAAGAUGGAGAAAAUGCAGCUGUUUAGAGAAGGGGGGAAAGGUGGGUUUUGAGCUUUAGUGAGGUAAGCUUUCCUUGAAUGUGGUUGUCAAUUGUGAAAAGUAGUUAUGGGGUUUUGGUGAGUGUCCUCUCAACAGGAAGAAGGCAAAGCAGUGAGAGUUGGGCAAAUGAUGCAUGCAGUAUAUGUAACAUUUUCAGGGCAAAACAGUGGGGGGGAUCUUUUUCCUUGUUUAUUCCUUGAUUUUUGUUCUCACUUAAUUUUACUUAUCGUUUUAUAAUUUUUGUCCCCUCCUUUAAUUGUCGAUUUUCCUUUCUGUAGAAGGAUUGUUAUUUUGGGGAGGAACUGUGGGUGGUUAUGUAGAGGAACGUUCAAUCAGAUAACUGGUUAGUGGGGUGCUUUCUCACGAGUACUUUUCAGUCAAUUGUUUCUGUUGGUAUAUGUUUGUUGACUUGGUUUCCUCGGAUCAAUAUGUUUUGGUUGGUUCUCAGUUUGAGCCAUCGUACUAUUGUUGUUGUGAGAGCGUCAUACGGUUUGUUCUUAGAAGAGUUACGUAGAAUGAAUUUAUGUAGUAUAUGUAUGGGUUAGCACGACACGAGGGAUUCUCCAACACUUCCUUCUGGUAAAAGGUGAGCUUGAGGCAACCAAGCAGCGUGGAGUGGACUUCUAAAAUUCAGGACAUGGAAGGUAUUUUCGAACAAUAUAGAUAAACUUAGGGUUAAUUGCAUGAUUCGUCACUGAGAAUACAAAAAUCGUCCAAGUUUGGUCACUCGAAAUAUUUAAAUCUAUUGGUGGUACUUCAGUUUAUUGAAACUGUUCACGUUUGGUCACUCUCUGUCCAACUCCGUUAAUUUUAACUGAUGUGGCAGUCAAUUCUCAAAGUUGACUAUUAACAUAGUGACGUGACAACUAAAAAAUUAUUAAAAAUAAAAAUAUUUUUUUUAUUUUCCACCUCAUUAUUACAUUCAUUAAAAAUAAAAAUAAUAAAAAAUCUAAUUUCUUUUCUACAAACCCCUAUACUCUACCCGAUCCAACCUCCACCACUGCCGCGGAAUUCGACCACGGUAACAACACUCCCCAUCCCCAUCCCCAUCCCCGGCGCCUGCUUCAAUCCCUCCUCCCACUCCUCCGCCUUCGCCGUCCAACUCUCGCACAUUUCCAACAAAUUCAACAAGCGAGAAGGGAGGCGUAAAUGGAAGGAAAAGGGGUUAGGGGAAUAAUAAGCCAAUAAGAACAACAUCAUUAUUUCGCGGAACUUCAAACUAAAGAUGGGGAACUGUCGUUCGAAUCUAAAGGAGAAGACUGAUUGAUAUUGGCUAUUCUGGCUUUCCCCUGUUUUCUAGCUAGAUUUACUUGUGGGUAAUUUCAUUUUUUUGGUAACUUGCCCAUUUCAAUUGAGAAGCUGGUGAGGUUGUGUUCUGGUGUUGGAUUGGUUACGACCAUCGGUUUCUGCAGAUGGUUGGAGCAAAGGAAGCAUAACCCAUGUGCACAAGCUAACACAGAGAGGGAAUGGGAAGGUCUCCUUGCUGCGAUGAGGAUGGGCUGAAGAAGGGUCAGUGGACUCCAGAAGAAGACAAGAAGCCAUUGGCGGAUCCAGGGGUGACCAACCCAGGCCCCGGCCCAGCCCUCCUCUGGAUUCAAAGUUAGUAUAGUCCUUAUGAAUAUUUCGAUUUUAGACAUUCGGUUCAAUGUUAUUUUAUAAUAAAAUUGUGUAUAAUUA